AUGAAGAUACGAUCCCAGAUUUUAAAGUACAUGCAUUUGGAUAGAACUUACUGUCUGUUAACAGGUAAGUAUUGUUCAGGGGCUUUUCUAAUACAUGGUUUUGUUUUGUUUUGUUUUUUAACUGUGGUAACAAAAAGCGUUCUCUUGAACUUGUUGAGAUGUAUCACGAAACUUAGUGUGUUCUUGGAAAAAGAUGCUUUGUAUAAUAAAGCUGUAGUCCUAAAGGCAAAAUAUUGUUUUCUUUCGCCAAGAACCGUGUGCAUAAUGAGUAUUGGCUGUGCAGAGAUCUUACCAUUAUUCACGCAACGUACUUAAGCCGCUGCGGCUUGGGAGAACGAUCAUUUUGCGCAGUAAAAAUUAAACCUAACGAAUGCCGCUAAUAAAGUAAUUUCAAAACAUUUUCAGAGAAACGACACCUCAUAUCAAAGGACUUUUCUCAACCGAUUAUAGGUGUCAAUGACAUCUGUUAUGAGGGGAGUACAUAAAGAAAAGCUUGUGUCUCACAGAGGGCUCGAAGCCAUCAAGUGUCACGCAGGAAAUUAUCAAAUUGAGAGGCUUAGGAAGGUUUAGAUUAAAAUUCAGCGAUAAUGACCAAGAACACUUAAAAAUAGAACAUGAAAUCUUAAAUUAACAAUUUUGGAUGAUUUUCUACUACAGGAGUUAAUAAGCAUUCGCUACCCGAUCCUUGAAUUUACAAUAACAACGAUGAAAUCUCCUGCAUUAUAAAAUAAAACUGAUUUUAAUCUUUAGCAGAAGUAGACAACCUUAAAGCAAUAUAUCAGCUUUGAGACAAUAUGGGGAAUUUAGAUGCUUCGAAGUUCUUUGCUCCUGCCUUCAUUCACUUUGUUAUUCCUGUGCAUUCAAUUCUUAGCAUCAUUUUGUGGGCCUUUGUCUUUCCGUUUUCUAAUUAUGUGGUGCGAAAAAUUUUUCCUAGGCAGGAAUGUUCGCAUAGUUUUAGAAUUGUUUCGCCUGAUUGAUGUUCAUGAUGAAAUGGUUCUCAAUGAUGUGCAGUUCUGUGCUUUCAUGAAGACAGCCACUGACCUGAGCACAAAUCAAAUCUACAAAGUGUUUGACAUGUUAGAUGUAGAUGGGUCUGGUGCAAUGGACUUUGAUGAAUUUUACCUACUCAUCUGUAUUCUCAUCGCGGUUCAAGAUAAAGCGGAGAAAAACUUCAUUUACCGCCAUUCAAGGACCGUGUUUGACCUCUUAGAUGAAGACAACAGCGGAAAUAUCUCUGCCUAUGAGUUUGAAACGUUUGGAUUUCUGUUCAACCUACAAGGCGAAGCUAUUCAAACCAUAUUUGGGGAAUUUGACGUUUCUGGAGACCAGGUUUGA